UAAGCACCCGCCUCCAACCAAGUUACUGAUUUCUUCCACGUGCUUCCUUCGCCGGCAGGGAUCGGCUGGCUCGGGACUCAGUGAUAAUCUGCCACCAUGCAUCGGAAGAAGGUGGACAAUCGCAUCCGGAUUCUCAUUGAGAAUGGGGUGGCUGAGCGUCAGCGGUCUCUCUUUGUUAUAGUUGGGGAUCGAGGAAAAGAUCAGGUGGUGAUACUCCAUCAUAUGUUGUCCAAAGCAAGUGUGAGGGCUCGACCUUCAGUGUUGUGGUGCUACAAGAAGGAGCUGGGGUUUAGCAGUCAUCGGAAAAAGAGGAUGCGGCAGCUGCAGAAGAAAAUAAAGAAUGGAACUUUGAACAUAAAGCAAGAUGACCCCUUUGAGCUCUUCGUAGCAGCCACAAACAUUCGCUACUGUUACUACAACGAGACCCACAAGAUCCUGGGCAACACGUUCGGCAUGUGUGUCCUGCAGGACUUCGAAGCCUUAACUCCGAACUUGCUGGCCAGGACCGUGGAAACCGUGGAAGGCGGCGGGCUAGUGGUUAUCCUGUUGAGGACAAUGAACUCCCUCAAGCAGCUGUACACAAUGACCAUGGACGUGCACUCCAGGUACAGGACUGAGGCCCAUCAGGAUGUGGUGGGACGAUUCAAUGAGAGGUUUCUCCUCUCCCUGGCCUCCUGUAAGAAGUGCCUUGUCAUCGACGACCAGCUCAACAUCCUGCCCAUCUCCUCCCACGCUGCUGGCAUCGAGGCCCUCCCACCGCAGGCGCCGGACGAGAACCUCAGUCCUUCUGAGCUGGAGCUGCAGGAGUUGAAGGAGAGCCUACAGGACACGCAGCCCGUAGGUGUGCUUGUGGACUGCUGCAAGACCGUCGAUCAGGCAAAGGCUGUCCUGAAGUUCAUUGAAGGGAUUUCAGAGAAGACCCUGAGGAGCACCGUGGCGCUCACAGCCGCCCGAGGCAGAGGGAAGUCCGCAGCCCUGGGCCUGGCCAUUGCCGGGGCCGUGGCGUUUGGGUACUCCAACAUCUUCGUCACCUCCCCGAGCCCUGAUAACCUCCACACUCUGUUUGAAUUUGUAUUUAAAGGGUUCGAUGCUCUCCAGUAUCAGGAGCACCUUGAUUAUGAGAUCAUUCAGUCCCUCAAUCCUGAGUUUAACAAAGCUGUGAUCAGAGUGAACGUGUUCCGGGAGCAUCGGCAGACCAUUCAGUAUAUACAUCCCGCAGAUGCUGUGAAACUGGGCCAGGCUGAACUUGUUGUGAUUGAUGAAGCUGCCGCCAUCCCCCUCCCCCUGGUCAAGAGCCUGCUUGGCCCCUACCUUGUCUUCAUGGCAUCUACCAUCAACGGCUACGAAGGCACUGGCCGGUCGCUGUCCCUCAAGCUGAUCCAGCAGCUCCGUCAGCAGAGUGCCCAGAGCCAAGUCAGCACCACAGCUGAGAACAAGAGCACAACAACAGCCAGGCUGGCUUCAGCACGCACCUUGCAUGAGGUCUCCCUUCAGGAGUCCAUCCGAUAUGCGCCCGGGGACGCGGUGGAAAAGUGGCUCAACGACUUGCUGUGCCUCGACUGCCUCAACAUCACACGCAUUGUGUCGGGCUGCCCCCUGCCUGAAGCCUGUGAGCUCUAUUAUGUCAACAGAGACACCCUGUUCUGCUACCACAAGGCCUCCGAAGUUUUCCUCCAGCGCCUCAUGGCCCUCUACGUGGCUUCCCACUACAAGAACUCCCCCAAUGACCUCCAGAUGCUUUCGGACGCACCUGCACACCACCUCUUCUGCCUUCUACCUCCCGUGCCCCCCACGCAGAAUGCCCUGCCCGAAGUGCUUGCUGUCAUCCAGGUGUGCCUUGAAGGGGAGAUUUCUCGACAGUCUAUCUUGAACAGUUUGUCUCGAGGCAAGAAGGCCUCGGGGGACCUGAUUCCCUGGACAGUAUCUGAGCAGUUUCAGGACCCAGACUUUGGUAGCCUUUCUGGUGGAAGGGUCGUCCGCAUCGCCGUGCACCCGGAUUACCAAGGGAUGGGCUAUGGCAGCCGCGCACUGCAGCUCCUGCAGAUGUACUACGAAGGCCGUUUCCCCUGCCUGGAGGAGAAGCUCCUGGAGACGUCCCAGGAAAUUCACACAGUGAGCAGUGAGGCCGUCAGUUUGUUGGAAGAGGUCGUCACUCCCCGCAAGGACUUGCCUCCUUUACUCCUCAAGCUGAACGAGAGACCAGCUGAGCGCCUGGACUAUCUGGGAGUUUCCUAUGGCCUAACUCCCAGGCUCCUCAAGUUCUGGAAGCGCGCUGGGUUUGUUCCUGUUUAUCUGAGACAGACCCCGAAUGACCUGACCGGGGAACACUCGUGCAUCAUGCUGAAGACGCUGACGGACGAGGACGAGGCAGAGCGGGGAGCCUGGCUGGCGGCCUUCUGGAAAGAUUUCCGUAGGCGGUUCCUGGCCUUGCUGUCCUACCAGUUCAGCACCUUCUCCCCUCCCCUGGCUCUGAAUAUCAUUCAGAACCGGAAUGUGGGGAAGCUGGCGCAGCCAGCCCUGAGCCGGGGGGAGCUGGACUCGCUCUUCCUCCCCUAUGACCUGAAGCGGCUGGAGAUGUACUCACGGAACAUGGUUGACUACCACCUCAUCAUGGACAUGGUGCCUGCCAUCUCCCGCCUGUAUUUCCUGAACCAGCUGGGGGACCUGGCCCUGUCUGCUACUCAGUCAGCUCUCCUCCUGGGGAUUGGCCUGCAACACAAGUCUGUGGAGCAGCUGGAAAAGGAGAUUGAGCUGCCUUCGGGCCAGCUGAUGGGACUGUUCAACCGCAUUAUCCGCAAGGUGGUGAAGCUGUUUAAUGACGUGCAGGAAAAGGCCAUUGAGGAGCAGAUGGUGGCUGUGAAGGAUGUGGUCAUGGAGCCCACCAUGAAGACUCUGAGUGAUGACCUGGAUGAAGCGGCCAAGGAGUUCCAGGAGAAGCACCAAAAGGAAGUAGGCAAGCUGAAGGACAUGGACCUCUCCCAGUACAUCAUCCGUGGGGAUGACGAGGAGUGGAACGAGGUUUUGAAUAAAGCUGGCCAGAAUGCUUCGAUCGUCAGCCUUAAGAGUGACAAGAAAAGGAAGAUGGAUACCCAACAAGAACCAAAACAGAACAAGAAGUCGAAGAAAAGUAGAGAGAUGAGGAACAAGAAAGAUCUGAAAUCAAAGCGGAAGAAGUAGUGAGGGACCUCUCAGAAUGGCCAAGUGCGGUCUAUGAAACAGGAGGCCCCUGCAAACCUGCAGGCCCGACCAUGGCCCUUGGCGGGGCCAGGCUGGCUCCUGAGCGGGUCUGCUCAGAACUUGUGUGGCUGGGCAAACCCCUGGCACUGCCAGGCCUUGCUCCUUUUGGUCCGCACCCUCCUUUCCUGUAAGUUCAUGAUCUCAAGGGCACAACUCAGGGUAUCUUGCAGGAGACAGCGUCAUGGACUUGGCCACACACCCCGGAGCAGCGGGGACUGUGGCCCAUCCCUGUCAGUGCUCUGGGCUUCCUGGCACCUUACACUCUGCCACUCCAGGCUCCAACUCCGUGCUGCCCAAGCCUUUAAUUUAAGUCGCAUAUGACAUCUGAGUCCCUAAGACUAUUUCAUCCGUUUGUGGAAAUGCUGGAACAGGUUCCUUGGCUGGCAGCUGGAGACAGGAGGUGUGGAGAACUUAUUUUUAAUAAAUAACAUUUUGGAAAGAC